UGGACGAGUGCCAAAGAGGCUGGGGAAAAGCUAAUCAAGCCGGAGUUGGGAGGGUCGGAUAAGGUGUUUGAAGAGCGCCCUAUCAAAAAGGAGAUUAAGAAGCAUUGUGGGGGGCGUGUGGAGUAUCUUCCUGAGCUUAGAAAAAUGUUAUGGGAGGAGAAGGGAGAGGAGUGGAAGGAAAUCGUGAAGGUGGCGACGGAGAGGCGAGUUGAAGAGACGCAGGAGGUAGGGUAUCUGUCACUCGGGAGAAAUGAGGUUGUA